AUCCACCACAUUAUCUCUAUGGUUUAACCAAGAUUGUGGAAAAAAUGAAGAAAAUGGAGAUGAACACGAACGUGACUGAUAACAAAAUCAUUGCCAAAACUCUGUUCCACAGUGCCAUGAAAGGCGAGUGGAACAACGUUGUUGAAAUAUACCGGCAAGAUUUAGCUGCCCACAAGGCCACGAUCAUCCGGUCUGGCGACACGGUGUUGCACGUUGCUGUCUCGGACAUCCAAGAAGACAUCGUAGAAGAACUAUUAAGUAUUAUUAAGCAGAACAACACCAAGGAGGCUUUGGAAGUCAAGAACGAGCGUGGUGACACUGCUCUGCACAUUGCCGCUUCACUGGGAAGCGUGAGGAUUUGUGGUUGCAUUGCUCAAGUGAAACCCUCCUUGGUCGGUGCUCACAACAACGAAAACGAGACCCCUCUGUUUAUCGCCGCCCUCCAUGGUAAAAAGGAUACUUUCCUUUGCCUCAACUCUUAUGUUGAUCCAGAACAUAGAUACUCUUAUUCUAGAAGGAAGGAUGGCCAGACCAUUCUUCACUGUGCCAUCUCCGGGGACUACUUUGAUUUGGCAUUUCAAACCAUUCAUUUGUAUGAAGCGCUCGUCGAAUCUGUGGAUGAGCAUGGACUCUCUCCCCUUCACAUUCUAGCAAGUAAAACCACCGCAUUCAGGAGCGGCAGCCACCUUGGGCGAGGCAAUGGAAUCAUUUAUCACUGUAUAUUUAGUAUGAACUAUCCGGACAAUUAUGCAACUUGUAUUCACUUCCUUAAGCUCUUGAAGAAACUAGUCCAACCCGCGUUUGGAUCUUCUAGCCCGCAAAAAGAUGCAGAAAACCCCGAAGCAACAAACUACAAACCUCAGGGAUCUUCUAGCCUGCAAAAAGACACAAAAAACCUUCGAGCACCAAACAAAAGAGCUCAGGGACAUCAAUUACUCCCUCCCAACUACCACACAUGCUUUAAUUUUGUCAAGCUUGUAUCGAAAGCAAUGCUAAUUGUUCUUGGAUUAGGAUCACGAAGAAUCAAGAAACUAGAGGAGAAGAAAAAGAAGCAUAGAUGGUCUGUCCAGAUCAUGAAUGAACUAGUCGAGCGAGCUUCAUUUUACGAGUAUGAAGACAAUGGCAGCAACCCACAACCACCGUCUGAUGAUCACGAAACAAAACCUUAUGCAGUUGUUAAUGGCGGUGAUGUAACUUUUGUAAAAGAGGCAUUCCAGGAAAACGAUCAACCCCCACAGUCCAAGGUGACUCCUGAGAAUAACAGGAAUCAGGAACAAAAUGAGAAGAAGGGUUCGGAGAGUAAAUUGAAAGAGGAGAACGCAAAGAAGGAAGGUAUAAGCGUAAUAAAGAGGGAAACGCCCAUUUUGAUUGCAGCCAAGUGUGGAAUCACGGAGAUGGUAGAGAAAAUUCUGGAAGUUUUUCCUAUGGCAAUUCACGACAUGAACUCUGAAAAGAAGAACAUAGUGCUGUUGGCAGUGGAGAGCCGGCAGCCUCAUGUCUACCAGCUCUUACUCAAGCGAAACAUCUUGAGAGACAGCAUUUUCCGAGCCGUUGAUGCAAACGGUAACAGCGCACUGCACCUCGCCGCCAUGCUUGGCGACCAUAAGCCUUGGCUUAUCCCCGGUGCUGCUUUACAGAUGCAAUGGGAAAUCAAGUGGUACGAGUUUGUGAAGAAUUCCAUGCCGUUUCACUUUUUCGUUCGCUACAACAAACAGGGGAAGACCCCGAGGGACGUUUUCAGCGACACCCACGAUGAUCUGGUCAAGAAAGGUGGAGAAUGGCUGACUAACACCUCUGAAUCAUGCUCAGUGGUGGCAGCGCUAAUCGCCACCGUUGCCUUUGCCACAUCGACCGCCGUUCCUGGCGGAGUCAAGGAUAGUGGCAAACCAACCCUGGAAUUCGAGCCUGCAUUUGACGUGUUCGCCAUCUCAUUUCUCAUUGCCCUCUGCUUCUCCGUCACCGCUGUGGUCAUGUUCCUUGCAAUUAAUUCUCACGUCUCGGUACCAAGAGAGAGAUUUCGGAGCAGACUUGCCUAGGAAGCUUUUGUUCGGUUUAACGUCCCUGUUCGUGUCCAUAGCUUCGAUGCUUGUAUCUUUCUGCGCUGGACAUUUCCUCGUUCUCAAGGAUAAGCUGAAAUAUGCUGCUUAUCCGGUGUACGCUGUGACGUGCUUGCCGGUGACGCUUUUCGCAGUGGCGCAGUUUCCUCGCUACUUUGAUCUGGCUUGGGCCACUUUCAAGAAGGUCCCCCAGCGCAGCUACAGAGCUGUUCCUCUUUAGAUUUCUAAAAUUUCUAAAAUACCAUUUCACAAAUAUGACGUUUCUCAGCUCACGCGUGAAGAUUGCCGCAGACACUUCAAAGAAAAAUGAAAAUCAAGUGGGGUUCCACACAGACAAUGCGUUGUGUUUGUUUUGUUGCUUGUCUGUAGAUUUUUUCUUUCCCCCAAUUUAUCAUGUUUGAUUCCGAAGCUUCUCUACUAUGAAUAAAAGCAUAAGUAAUGAUUUGCUUCAUUUCACAUUGCACUAAGAGAGGUUACAUAAUGGUUUAAACUUAUAAAGCAGGGUUUUUACCAAAAAAAUAAAAAAAAAAAACUUAUAAAGCAGGGUUGUUUAUAUUAACUGUCACGCCCCAUGACCCAAAUCCGGGGACGCGACAGACGCCGUGCACUCGUGAGAGGGUCCCACAAAUGCACAAGGCUCGGAACUUAUCAUAUCACAAUUUGAUACCACAAAAUCUAAAGAUAAAAUCUUAAAAUCUACUCUGAUAUCAUAAAAUCUCCUAAUACAAUCUAGUUUACAAGAUCAUGAUUUAUUUCUAAAAUCUAUAUUAAUCUCGAAAUGGCUAGCCUUCUAACUCGUCACUUUCAGUGGUUCCCCAUCCUCGAUUUCGCUUCAUGAAAUGGUGGACAAAGAAAAACUAUGAGAUAAA